CGGUGGAACCCUUUACUGCUUCUCCCAAAACCCUCCAGAACCCCCAGAGCUCUUGUUUCGGCGUCUGAGACAAAAAUGGUGAGCAAGAGACAGAGAGAAGCUCGCAAGAAAUUCCGAGCAGAACACCCAGAACUGGCUAAACAGCCGACUCCGCCCAAAGACCCAACUAGGAAGAAGGACAAGAAGAAGAGCUCGUUCAAGCGCAAAAAAGCACCCAGCGACCCAGCCAAACCCAGCAAAAAUCCCCAUAGAAAACACCCCCUCAGAGUCCCCGGCAUGAAGCCCGGCGACAGCUGCUUCAUUUGUAAAUCCACUGAACAUAUCGCCAAGCUCUGCCCCGAGAAAGUUCAGUGGGAUAAGCACAAGAUAUGUUUAUAUUGUCGACAACGUGGGCAUAGCAUCAAGAAUUGCCUUAACAAGAAAGAUGAUUCUGUGGCUGAGAAGUUAUGUUAUAAUUGUGGGGAAAAUGGACAUUCGCUUUCGAACUGCCCCUACCCUCUUGAAGACGGAGGAACUAAAUUUGCCAAGUGCUUCAUCUGUAAUGGGACGGGUCACUUGAGCAAGAACUGCCCUGAAAAUACUCAUGGGAUUUAUCCAAAGGGUGGUAGUUGUAAAAUUUGUGGGGGUGUAACACACUUGGCGAAGGAUUGUCCUAACAAAAGCAUCAGUUCGAUGUCUGCUGGUAGAUCUGCUCACUCGUAUGAGAAGAAAAGUGGCGGUACACAAGACAAGUCUGCAGAUGCGGUGUCUGGCAUGGCUGUGAAUGAUGAAUGCAAACUCAAGUUCGGGGAGCUAAAAGCGAAGAGAAAUUACCGAUUCAUUGUAUUCAAGAUUGACAAACAAGAAGUGGUGGUAGAGAAACUUGGCAGCCCAGAUGAAACAUAUGAGGAUUUCGCGGAGUCGCUGCCUGCUGAUGAGUGCCGCUAUGCUGUCUUCGAUUUUGAUUUCACCACUUCUGAGAACUGCCAGAAAAGCAAGAUCUUCUUCAUUGCAUGGUCUCCUGAGAUAUCAAAGGUGAGAAUGAAGAUGGUGUAUGCAAGCUCUAGAGAUCGAUUCAAGAGGGAACUUGACGGCAUUCAAGUCGAGUUGCAGGCAACUGAUCCGAGCGAAAUGAGCCUCGACAUUAUUAAAGGCCGAGCUCUUUAAGCAGCGGAUCUUCAACCCUUACUGGACAAUUACAUUCGUCCAUUUUUCUGAGAAGAUCUUUUGUUUUUGUAAUUUUCUUCUUCUUUGUAUGGGUUCAAUA